AUGUGCAACCGUGUCGACAAACUGCCCGACGUCUGUGAUCGAUGGAACUUAUCGAUCAGCGUAGCGAAGAGCUACUGGGGUCGACGCAAGGUGGCGUAUCUAGGACACGAAGUAUCCUCAGCUGGGCUUGAAGCGAAACCAAAGGAGCUAGACGCAAUUGCGAACCUUCCGUUCCCCACCAAGUUGAAGGCGAUGCAGUCGUUCCUCGGAAGCUUGAACUAUUACAGCCGCUUCAUUGAGGACUUCGCAGUCUAUGCCGCGAUCCUGUACGAGCUGCGGGAAGCAGACUUCCAUGAGAUCGCUAGGAUGGACGCAGAGGAGACGCUGGCCGAAGAUAGUCAAGUGACUGGGGGCGAACGCGAUAGGUGGGCGCGGGCGAAGAACGCAUUCACCAUGCUGAAGGCGAAGAUCAUUGCCACGCCUGUCCUGAAGCACUUCGACCCGGAACGUACUCCUGUGGUUGUGAUCUACGCGGACAAGUGGGCCAUAUCAGCGGCGCUGAUGCAAGAGCACGAAGGUGUGUACCAUCCGGUGACCUUCACCAGUCGUACGUUGAAGCCAAACGAGCUCAACUAUCUAUGGAGUGGUGGACAAGGAAGUAUUGGCGCUUCUGCGAAUCUUGGAUGUCUGUUACUCGCAGCUGGUUACCAGAUCGAUCAAGGUCUUGUCGCGAUUCUCGACAUUGGCCUGGCUGCUCAAGUCGAACGGAUUCGACGGUCGACUGGGUGGGCAGCGCUGCUAUCAGGAUGGACGUUGGAAGUCACCAAAUGCGUGAAGGGUGAAGACGAAAUCCUUGGAACAAUCGCAGCGAGCAUCACCCCCCGAGCCGAUGUCGACGAAGCCUUGGUCCCGAUAGCACCCAAGAAACAGCCGCGGAAAAUGAUUACCAUGCCUCCACCAACGAUCGAACCAGACGAGAACCUCUGGGAUGUGAGUUUCGACGGAUCUGCGCGGGUGAAGCGCAGCGGCGGUGCGUAUAGUUCCGUCGUGUGGAAACUCCCGGAGUGGACGGUGGUGGAAGCC